GAGGACUCGUACCUGAAGCACACAGAGAUCGACAACCAGUGGGCUAUCCUGGAUAUGCUGGACAUGGCCGGGCAGGAGGAGUUCAGCGCCAUGCGGGAGCAGUACAUGUGCACCGGGGAUGGCUUCCUCAUCGUCUUCUCCAUCACAGACAAGGUCAGCUUUGAGAACGUGGUCUGCUUCCACCAGCUCAUCCUCCGUGUCAAGGACAGGGAGUCAUUCCUGAUGAUCCUCGUGGCCAAAAAGGUGGAUCUGAUGCACUUGAGGAAAAUCACCAGGGAGCAGGGCAAGGAGAUGGCGGUCAAACACAAUAUUCCAUACAUAGAGACCAGCGCCCAGGACCCCCCUCUCAAUGUGGACAAAGCCUUCCAUGACCUCGUUAGAGUAAUCAGGCAACAGAUUCCGGAAAAAAGCCAGAAGGAGAAGAAGAAAACUAAAUGGCGGGGAGACCGGGCCACUGGCACCCACAAACUGCAGUGCGUGAUUUUGUGACAGGCCUGAGAUCCGGGGGUGCAGUGAUCAUGACCCGGCCAGUCCACAGGACCCCUCCACUGCCUAACUGCACUGAACACCAUCUCUAACCACCACCCUGGGCCCGAGGCCCCAGCAG